AUGACGGCGGAGAGCGAGACUUCAGGGCGCGGGAGUACUGCUGAAAUCUUCCUGCCCCCUCUCGGAUUAUUUCUUGGGGGAGCUUUAGCUUUAACUCUGUUGGCGAUCUGUACAUCACAAUCCUGCAGACAUCUUAGGCACAGAUCUUUUGUACGGUGUGUUGGUCCGUCUCUCUCGAAGUCAGGCCUUACAAGCUUCACCAGUCUGCUGUCUAACCAAGGAACAAACAGUCCUGUUGCUGACCUGAACGGAUUUUACUCCAAAUCUGAUGCCGAGAUUUUGGAACAUCUGCAGAUGUACCAAAACAACCCGCGGUAUUUGUUCAAAAUUGCAAUACCAGCAGUGACGUCAUUAAUAUUUUGUCCAAUGAUAAUGACUGCAUAUAAACCAAUUGCAAACUUUCUGUGGCCUAAUCGAACACAACCAGCCAUCAACGAAGCUAUCGCUUGUUUUUUGGCCCCUGCAGGCAUGGUGUAUGCAGUGUCGUUUGGGUUUGCCUUUCAACAAGUCCUUCAAAAACAAAUUGAUAUUACAGCAAGAUUAAACAAUGAUUUUUCAGAAAUGGAGCUCUUAAUGAAUUUAACAACAAAAUUGUCGUGUUUGAAAUCGACCACCCGGAUGAAGAUGUAUAUUGCUCUGAAAGAGGAAAUAAUGGCGGUAGUCCAGUAUAUAACAGAGAUGACUGAACUUAAAAAUAACAAGAACGGGGCCAUUUGGGACAUCCUGGAUUGUCUUCGCGAGGCUCCAGUACAGAGGCAUAAAGUGGACACAGCAAUAAUUAACAAAAUCAUCAAAUACGUGGGGAACCUGAAUAGCGUGGUAGACAAAGUAGGAACCCUCCACGCCAAGAUACACCCACUACAGUGGGCGUUCCUGGAGAUUCUUGGUUACUCUUCGUUCCUUGGUAUUCUGAUGGUGAAGUGCGACUCCUAUCGGAUGGAAAUGUGCAUGAGUUUCGUCACGUGUUUGUCCAUUUCCAUGUCAUGUUACAUCGUGGCGGACAUUGAUAAUCCCUUUCACGGAUUUUUCAGGAUCAACAUUAAAAGUGUUUUGUCAAUUUUAGAACAACUGGAGAAAAGCUACAACGAUGAACUUCAUUGUCAAAUUCAGCUUCAGAACAUCGACGGAAACAAAUAAUCCAUCCCCACAUAAGGUCAAAGUAAAGAAGAAGUAGAUAUGUCUGUAGAACUUCAGUUCUAUCUUUCUCAAAACAAUCAUCUUCGUUAGAGAUUAAUAUUCUCUGCAGCAUGUCCAGCUUUUGUUCAACUGUCCAUAGAAUAAAUGCAACUUACCUUAAAGUAUUUUUUUAACGUAAUUUUUUUAAAAAAUAGAUUAAGCUCUGUAUAUCAACAGUGUGUUAUUGUUAAAUUCUAUAAUUGUCAGAUCAUUUUAUUUCUAA